AUGGCCGCUGCGGGCUCCAUCACCGUCGCAGUCCGCGUGCGCCCUCCGACAUCAUCAGAGGCUGCUCGGCUACCCCAGGUAGUCCACGACACCUUCAUUCGCAGCGAUGGCGCCCUCUCCACCCCCGGGCGCGUCGCCAACACCUCCACACUCCGCGAUAUCGUAGAGAUCGUCGACGACCGCGUCCUGACGUUCGACCCGCAAGAGAAGGACCAGACGCGUGCAUUUGUUGAACGUGGCUUCCUGCCCCCGGGGACGAAGCGCUACAAGGACAGGCGGUUCAUCUUCGACCGCGUAUUCCGGAACGAUGCAUCGCAGCAAGAUGUGUACCAAGGAACGGCGCGGCCACUCUUGAGCACCCUGUUGGACGGGUUCAACACGACUAUCUUUGCCUACGGUGCCACCGGAUGCGGCAAAACACACACCAUUAGCGGGACGGACGCCGAUCCCGGUAUCAUCUACCUCACAAUGGCGGACCUCUUCCAGGAGAUCGAGGACCGCAAAGACGAAUACAACAUAGACGUCGCCGUUACAUUCUUGGAAAUCUACAACGAGGAGAUCCGCGACCUCCUCUCAGAGCCGGGUACCCCGCUACCACGGGGUGGGCUGCAGAUUCGUGAAGACAAGAAUGUCAAGGUCGUUGGCCUGACCGAGCUCAGGCCAGCCACAGCUGCCGAGGUCAAGGAGAUUGUGCUCCUCGGCAAUUCGCGUCGGACGCAGAGUCCAACACACGCGAACGAGACCAGUUCCCGGUCGCACGCCGUCCUGCAGGUACAUAUCACCCAAUCCCCACGAACAGCGGCUAUGACAGAACUGCGAACUAUGGCAACACUCUCCAUCAUCGAUCUUGCGGGCAGCGAACGCGCGGCAGCUACGACCAACAUGGGUCAGCGCAUGGUUGAGGGUGCUAACAUCAACAAGUCCCUUCUUGCGCUCGGAAACUGCAUCAACGCGCUCUGCGAGAGCGGCGGCGCGAUCCGGCAUAUUCCCUACCGCAACAGCAAGCUCACGCGUUUGCUCAAAUUCUCUCUUGGUGGCAACUGCAAGACGGUCAUGAUCGUCUGCGUCGCGCCUACGAGUGCCCAUUUCGACGACACCCACAACACCCUCAUCUACGCGGAGCGCGCCACGAAGAUCAAGACAAAGGUUUUGACGCGCAACGUCCUGAAUGUCGAUCGGCAUGUCGGGCAAUACGUGGAGGCUAUCAACCGGCUCAACCUCGAGGUCGCGGAGCUCAAGGAGAAGCUGGCCGGCAAGCGCAACACGGAGCAGGAGACAGAGAAGCGGAAGAGGCGGGAGGCCCUCCUGGAGAUCGAGAAGACGAAGAAAGACCUCCAGCUCAAGGCCGAGCAGAUGCAACCGAGUAUCGUCGACGGCGCGAACUGCGCAGGCAAGAUCACCGUUGCGGAAGCGAAGCUCAAGGUCAUCCGUGCACGUUUGGCGGAGCUCGACGCGCAGGCUUCCUCUUCCUCGGCUACGCUCUCGCCUGACCUCGAAACGGAGCGGGCGCUGCUCCAGGCUCUCGCUGGUCCGGAAGAGCAGGUGCUCAAGUCGGAGAGCGCUCUCAACGUGCGCAUGCAGCGGGCGAACAACUCGGGCGCGCUCUUCGAAGCCUCCCUACGUGCUCUGCAAGAACGCCGUUCGUCCGACCGCUUGGACGAGGUCUCCGUGGAGAACGUCAAGCUCGAUGCUCGUUGGCGGAAGGCGGAGAUGGAGCGCAUCAAGUCCGAGGCCAGGCAGGACGCGCUCCGGGAGGCCGUCACUGUACAGGCACAGGCCGUCGUCAGCCUCGUCGGUCUCGUUGGGCGGUGCACGGUCAUGCUCAACGAGGCGAGCAAGGCGCUCGGUGCGGCCACGGAGGACGGCCGGGAUGGGCUGGAGAACACUGCAAAGAGCCUGAACUUGUCGCUGAAGAGCGUGGCUGACGGGAACGACGCGGCGUUCAAGGCACUUCUUGGUCACUCGAUUGCUGCAUAUGCUGUCACCACAAGUCCGCAGGCGAGCAUGUCUGCCCUCGGGAGCUUCAGCGGGUACGCGGCACUCGGCGUCGGCCGCGUCGUCUCCAACCCUACCAUGUCACAACAAACGAUCCCGAAGGUCUCGAGGCGGACAUCGUCUUACGGCUCGUCCAUGGGCUCCCCUCGCCGGUCACAUAAGAGCCCGCGGAAAUCCUUGCGUUCAAGUCUCGCCCCGUCCUCGGCACCGUACCGACGGGUCUCCGACAAGGACAAGGGAAAGAAGAAGGGUGUCCAAUGGCGCGACUACGCUGGUCAGGGUGAGAUCGACGAUGGCGGCCAGGGAUCUGUGCCCGCCCCCGCUCCCGCGCCCGUAGUCAUAUCUGUCACCCCCGCGGACCCUAGCUCUAGCUCGUUCUCUGCCCCUGGACCCUCGAACUUCGAGGCAGGAGCAUCGUCAUCUCACCGCAACCUCUCCUUGGCCGGUUCAGAAAGCGAGUGGGAGGACGAGAAGACAGACACCAGCACGGACUUCAGCCUGUUCUCUGCGCCCUCGAUAUCGUCAGCGGGCUCAUCGUCGUCGGGCAUGCUCCGCGGAAAUGGUCCUCGGCGACCAAGGGCAAGCCGACUCGACCCCGGGUUCCUCAAGUCACGAUCACACGGGUCUUCGGCACUGGGCAGUCUCGCCGAGGACGACGAAGAACGCGCGGCAUCGAUGGGUUCACCACGGCGCAUCCCUAUGGGCGACCGCAACAUGAACCGCGUGUCCUCCCCCUCGAGCGACUCGGCCAGCUCCUCGGAGACGGCACUGGGCAAGGCGCGCGAACGCCACCAUAACAGCCCCGCGAAACGUGUGCCGCUCACGCCUAAGGCCGUUGGCUCAAGCAAAGCGGGGCGGCGGCGGUCGAACAUCGGGCCCAUGCGCAGUGACCGGCCGCGGCGGCGUUCGAGCAUGAUCCCACAGCUCUCGCCGCAGGGCCGUGCGUCGCUGGGCGGUGGGUCGUCCGCGACGGGCAAGAGUACAGGAGGUGCGCGGCGCGUCGCGAUGUCGCCCGCUAAGCGGACGAAGCGCAUGUCGUUGCUGGCGGUGUCAUCAGCACGGCUGCAGUCUCUGAGCAGCGCAUCGUCGCGGAGCAAAGCGAACACUAGUAUCGACCCAAACACGAGCUUGGAGCUGAGCUUCCGCGCGGGUGGUGGCUCGAGGCCGACGUGGCGGUGAGCGUUGAGGAUUGGUGACUCGUUAUGCUAUGACUACUUUGGACGUUUGGGCCCUGCGGGCGUACGCGUGUAGAGGGCGGGUCUUGGAGGCGGGGUCCUUGCCGAGGCUGCUACUUACUAGUUUUGAAAUGUGUACUCGAUUUAUCACGACGCGACACGACAGACUCGUCUUCGUUUUCUUGUUUUGCUCUGUUCUACUGCACCUACGCACACCCAUGCAUGCCUCCUCCCGCGAUUCACUCUCACUUUCUCACUCUCGCUUCCCGCUCUGUCCGCGCGUCCGCACCCUGUGUUCUGUCGUCCGAUUUUGAGUGUUGUAAAACUGCAUGAUA